AUGGAAGAUGGGGCAAUGAGAAAAGCACUUCUCUAUGCCACCAUCUUUGGGAACGUGACAACCAUUUUCCAACAAAUGUACGCCAACACUAACAGGUACCAUGAGAUGCUCAAUAGCGUUCGGGACUUCCUGAAACUCUACCAGGUGCCGAAAGGAUUGAGUGAACGAGUCAUGGAUUAUAUCGUGUCUACCUGGUCCAUGUCCAGAGGCAUUGACACAGAGAAGGUCCUGCAGAUAUGCCCGAAGGACAUGAGAGCUGACAUCUGCGUGCACCUGAACCGCAAGGUAUUCAAGGAGCACCCGGCCUUCCGGCUGGCCAGCGAUGGCUGCCUGCGGGCACUGGCCAUGGAGUUCCAGACAGUGCACUGUGCCCCGGGGGACCUCAUCUACCAUGCAGGAGAGAGUGUUGACAGCCUCUGCUUUGUGGUCUCUGGCUCCCUGGAGGUGAUCCAGGAUGAUGAGGUGGUAGCUAUCCUAG